GGGUCAGUGUCUCACCACUAGCGGGGAUAGGCUGCGUCCACCUUUAUCACUUUUACCUCAACUCGCUGCGCUUCCUGGACCUGGUAAUAUUACCUUGGAAAGUGGGCUAGUAACCCAUCAGGUUUCACAUCAGGUUUCCCAUCAACAAUGAAACAUAUCGUUUCAUUGUUGAGAACAGGAAAAAUAAAGGGCUUCAGAGGUUAAUGGAAAGAAAGUGGAAAAGAGGGCGGGCCACCUGAUGACGGUAGCCGAGCAGAGGAGCUGUUGGGUAUUAGUCGCUGUUUGAGAGAGAGCGGCUAAAGUCCACUUGGAUUAUGACAAGCUGGAAACUGAUACAUCCAUUUUCUCGAGGAAUCAGGACACGAAUUUAGGCUUCCUCCCUCCUUGCUGCUGCACACUGAAGGAACCCCACAGUGAAGGAAAAGAGUGACAACCCACCAGUGUUUGUCUGAAGAGGUGAAUGUCUUUGUGCACACGUGCGACCUGAUGAAGGAGAGUUUCUACCCUAAGAGACGCCCGGCAGAGAUGCGGGGAGCUCGCUUCAUGGCAGCGAUGCUCCUUUUGCUCACUUCGUUGUGUGCAGUGGCGAAUGGCUUUCCAUUCAGAACGCCUCUGGACCUGGACGUGACUCCACGUGUCACCGUCCUGAGCAGCGGUCUCAAGGGCUGCAGGCGAUUUGAGUCUUCUGCAGUUAACUACAGCACAAUGCUGCUGGAGGCUGACAGUGAGCGGCUUUACGUGGGAGCCCGUGGGGCCGUAUUCGCUCUGAAUGCCUCUGACAUCUCGGCCAGCUCCGCUCUCUCUAUCGAGUGGGAGGCCUCCACUGAGCAAAAGCUUCAGUGUGUGCUCAAGGGAAAAGACAAUAAGACAGAGUGUUUUAAUCACAUCCGCCUCCUGCAGAGGUUUAACUCUACGCACCUGUACAUGUGUGGGACUCACGCCUACAUGCCCCUCUGUGCAUACAUUGAUGAAAAGAAGUUUGUUAUGUCCUCUCAGCCUGAAGAAGGCAAAGAUAAGUGUCCUUAUGGGCCAAUGACAGGUUACACUGCCCUCAUUUUAGACCAGCAGAUAUACACAGCAUCCCGGUACGACUUCUGGAGCUUUCCAGAUAUUCGCCGAAACGCUCCAUCUCCCGCUCUGAAGACAGAGAAUGCUCCCACACGCUGGCUGAACGAGGCGGACUUUGUGGGUUCAGCUCUUGUCAGGGAGAGUUUGGACAGCAGCAAUGGAGACGACGACAAAAUCUACUUCUUCUUCACUGAAAAGAGCCAUGAACAAUCUACAACCUACAGCCACAGCAGGGUUGCUCGUGUGGCCCGAAUUUGUAAGGGAGACCGGGGAGGCCAUUUGACUCUCCAGAAGCGAUGGACGUCCUUCCUAAAGACAAGACUGACUUGCUCUCUGCCCGAGUACGACUUCCACUUUAACAUGCUGCGCAGCAUCUUCGUAAUGCAUGGCCUCACCCCACAGGACACUCUGUUUUACGGCAUCUUCGGUUUGGAGUGGAAAAACGUGAAGGCGUCUGCAGUGUGUCGGUUCUCUUUGUCUGAAGUCCAAGAAGCCUUCCGAGGACCCUACAUGGAGAGCCAGGAUUCCGGCUCCGCCUGGAAGGAAUAUGUUGGAAAAAUCCCUGAGCCACGACCUGGAACUUGUAUUACGGGCAAACUGAGGGCCAAGGGCAUGAACGUCUCCACGUCCCUACCUGAUGAAGUCCUGGAUUUUGUCAGACGGCAUCCUCUCAUGUCCCAUCAGGUCCAGCCUGCAGACAGACGUCCGCUCUUGUUCAGGAGGACGACAGACUACACACAUAUGGCAGCAACUGUGGUCCAGGGAGUGGACGAGCAAAUGUACCAUGUUUUAUAUAUGGGCACAGAUGAAGGUUGGCUGCACAAAGCGGUAGCCAUCAAAGGUCAGCUGCACAUUAUCGAAGAGUUGCAGCUGUUUGAAGAACCAGAACCUGUUACCAACGUUCUACUAUCUACAGAGCGGACGAGUGUGUACGUUAGCUCCCCAUCAGGCGUUGUUCAGCUGCCUCUGUCUAACUGCGAGAGAUACACUUCCUGCUAUGACUGCAUAUUUUCCCGGGACCCUCACUGUGCCUGGAGCGGAGCCGAGUGUGUGGACGUAAUGACCCAGUCGAAAAGAUCCUCUUUAAUCCAAGACAUCCAGCAUGGCAGAACGGGGUGUGAGAACACAGGAUACGGUAUGCAGAAGUCUUAUCUGAUGCUUAUAUUAAAAAGUUAGCUUUAAACAUCUAGACAGAGGAUUAAAAAUAGAGAAUAUGAGGCUCAAAAGAUGCACAGUUGUCAUCGGAUGGCGUGAAGGCCUCUUUGAAAGUUGAUUAUAUGCACAGCGUUGGUAAAAUCCUCUCCUCCCUUCUUUAAUCACAUCUUUGCUGUCUACGGAGAGAAAUCUGUUUGAUAUUCAAGGCAGGCGAAUGCCUUCUCCCCAUUUAUCAAUUUUCACUCUGAUGAAAUGUAGCAUCUUCUAACUUCUCAUUCUGUCUCUGGAUGGGGUAGUCUGAUACAUCAGCCUGGACCUGCCUCCUCCACCCACUCCUCCUGCUGUCCCCCAAGAACAUGGAAGCCCUUUGUGUGGUCCUCACUGUUGUGCUUGCUUACGUGGGCUUCUGCUUGCGGCCAGACCAGAGAGGGAAAUACUCUCUGCGCGCCGCAGCCGCAGCGCACCCGAGCAGCAAGCGGAGCAGCCGGUGCAGAAAGCAGCACAGGAACUCCACCCACAUGGAGUUGAAGACCGUCUCUAGCCACUGCAAUGGCGUCUGUAAUGGAGUUUCCAAGCUGCAUAACGGAGACAUCCAGGACGGAGGCUUUUUGCAGAUCGUUCCUGGUGAGGCUCAGACAUUAGCAAGUAAUGAUCCUCCUCCCCCAGCGCCUCCUCUGCCUCCCACGCCGCAGCACACGUCUCCAGAGUGUGACUUCCCCAAUGGGCUGUCAGCCACGCUGCCCAGCGUUCUGAGGCGGAUGAACGGGAACAGCUACGUGUUGCUGAGGCAGAGCGACUCAGAAAACACUUCGCCGCUCUCCCACUGCUUCUCCGAGGAGCUCAACAGGAUCUUGGAGAAGAGGAAGCACACUCAGCUGCUGCCCCGGCCGGAUGAGAGUUCAGUGUAGAGACAUGCGGCUCUCUUGUUGAAUUUGGGCUCUUACCCUGUGCCUGUCGCGUUGACCCCCUCAUUGCUAUAGCCUAAAGCAAUGAAAGUUUCUCAUUUCCAUAAUUUACUUUGGAUUAUAUUUGACAGCUCUGCCUUUUGAGCUAAUGAGCCGUUUCUGUCUUCUGAAUGACCAAACCUUCUCAGUACACCAGAAAUGAAAAUGAAACUUCCCAGUGAAGGUCAAAGCACAAAGAAGGAAAUAAAAUGCAAUCUACCUCACCUCUACACUGCCUGGAGUUGAUAUGCUGUCAAGACCGCAGUCAGCUCUGAGAAUCAGUUCUGGAAUAUUAUGGAUCCGUGAAGAACGAAGCAGGACACACACUGACUAACCAGCAGUGGCGACACAACGGAAUAUAAAUAUCAUUGAAGAGGGAAGUUUGACCAUAGAGCAGCUAGCAAAGCUUGUUUUUACAUGAGCUACUGCACAGAUGGGCUAUGCAUUUUUAAAACAUGACAUUCACUAAUUAGAAAUAUGGAUGUAAGUGGAAAUGAUGGAAUUUCACUAUCAGGCUGCCGUUACUGGUGGCCCUUAAUGUCUGUCAUCUGCUUCUUGAGUAAGUCUGAUAUGCCGUUGUCAGACUUCACCUUUAACCUCGUUCAUUUGCCCUCCUGCACUGUAGCCUUCGUGACUCCAGUUUGUAGCUUAUUGCACGGAUGGCACAACAAGGGGAAUUUUUCCCAUCAGCUAAUGUUGUGUCUGUCUGUUGGGGCCAGAGACCAGCUGGAGAGACGGCUGAAAAACACUGAGGACAGCGGCAUCGUGGGAAACAAGCACAAAGAGAAGCACCAGAUGAAUUCAGACUGUUUUUAAUAUUCAUUCAGUAAGAAACUAUUAGCAAGAAAUGGUUGAGAUAUUCAAGAUUUAUUAAUAAUAUUGAAGAUUAAACAGUUUUUAUUUAGCAUCUGUGUUUUGAUAACAUUGACGGUAUAUUAAUGUUUUUGUAAUUUAUUUAUCUGUGAAGGAUCAAAUUUAUAUAAGAACCGUAAACUUCCCAGUGUCAUGGUAUUAUAAUAAAAAGAUUUAAAACAAAACGUACAACAAGCCAAAUGUAAAUUUAAAUCAGUGUUAACAUUUUUAAAAAAGAGCUGCCUGGUUUAAACCAGCUGUUUCUGUCCUCCACAGCGUCUCAUGUCAGAGGUGCAAGCGAUCUGCAGGGGGCGUGUCAUGUUGUUUUAGCCGCUUGCGCAGAUCUCCAUUUUUGCAACAGUUUGCACUCAUGUGAGUGGUGUUCACUGAACUUGUAGAGCAGGAAAGUAGUCUGAAAGCUUGUUUGUUUUAGCACAUUCUUAGCUGAACAUAACGAAGGUUCACUCAAGGUUCAAUUUCCCGCUAUUCCAACUGACACAAACAGAAAUAUUUCCAAGCAUAUGAAGAAUUUGUCUUUCUUUUAAGAAUGAGAAGAUGUAGAAACCUUCUUUCAGAUAGCUGGACAGCAGUGCACAGCAGCGGAUGGUGGAAAGUCAUCGAUACAUGGCUCUCUGUUACAUGCAGCUGGAAGAAAACACACAUCCACUUUCUCUAGCAUAGCAUGAGAGAAAGAUUUAGCAGUUCUCUACCUGCUUAAAAACCUUGACAAACCUUGAUACUGGUAACCAGCCCUGGUCUUAUUUCUUGCAUCAUUUCUUGCAUGUAAAGAAAUUACUGCAAAAUGCCGUCAUGGUAGUAAACUUGUCCGUACUGCUGGCAGAUUUAGGUUUAAAUAAUGUUUUUAUUUUACCUAUGUUUUUGUCAGACUGGAUGUAAUAUUAAUAAGUUACAGUGACCCAAAAAGCUACUCAGUAGCUAUAAGAAGGUUUGAUAUAGUCGAUAAAAAUGACUACAGAGAAGGAUGUAAAUAAUUUUGAACAUGCCAUUUUUACUAAAAUAGAAAUACAACUUUUUUUCAAAACAGAUUCCUUCUAUAUUCCUUUGUUACCUCUUAAGAGACCCCUAUCAUUUGCUAUGAAAAACGCAUUUCUUGGUUGAAUAAAAAUCAUUGUUAAACUAAAUCUGCUAAACUAAAUUACUAAGCUAAACCAUUGAAUCAAUACUGUUGAAUGGUAUUCAAUGGUUAUGAAUACAAUUGGGCUUAAAUAUGUUUGCUAACACAGUCAGACAUUGUAAUUAUUGUAAUAUGUGAAGUUCUUGACAUGAUAAAAGGUUU